AUGGUCACGAAGCUGACAGGCGAGAUCAACGCCUGGACAGAGAGCCACGAGAGAAAGAUGAAGGAAGCGAGAAGGCAAGAGGCGAUGCAACACGGAUUGACCGCCGAGCAGAAAGCGGCAGACGACGAGUGGAAGGACGUGCUCAGUGCAUAUUCGGACCAGUCCAGUUACGACAAGGACGCUGGAGAAGUCGAUGAUUGCCAAGACGUCGAUAUUUCGUGGUCACCAUCGCCCAGCAAGGCCUCCUCAGAUGCGCUGCUCAGCCCUAACAGCGACUCAUCGCAUCCAGGGAUCUGUGGCUCGAGCGCUAUCCCCAUGGGUCCGUAUCCGCACCGGAAACACCCCACGCUGCAGCCGGACGACUCGAAUGCGUCUGAAGAUCAGGUCGAUGACCGCGCGGGGUGUCGGGGCUGGGGUGUUUGGGACCUGUUGACGUGUUUGCAGUGUAGAUAG